AUGACGCCGCACACAAACUCUGCUGAAGGCGCUCACCAGGCAAACCCUGAAGUUUCGCGCGUCUUCGAUGAUGACAUCAGCAGAUCUAUAAUCACACCCGUCGCUCAUAUCGCAAUGGCUGAGACAGCAAACGAGACAGCCGCAGCUGCGGCUGCAGACCCUCAACCCCCGGUUGUCACUUUCAAAAAGCGUGGCGCAAAGGCCAGUCAGAACAUCCGCAAAAGACCUGCACCGCCUCCCGUAUCGCAAGACGACGAUUCUUCCGACUUUUCCUCCUCUGAAGAUGAAUCGGGUCACAGGAUAAAGCGCAGAAAGAACAAGGGUGCUGGGAUAGUUUCUGCUUCAUCCGCCACAACCAAGCCUGUCGAUCGGGAACCUGCGACCACCGCCACCGGUGAUGGCAAAGUCCAGCUCGCGGAUACAAACGACGCCACAAAGCAUGUCGACUGGUUCGACGAGGAUUCUAAGGAUGCGCGUUCGUCUAAAACUCAAGCUACUUCGAGUGAGCCGCAGAUGCCGGAUGGCACAUAUAAGGGACUGGCGAACCAGACAUCAUUCAUCAAGAAGAAUCCGAAUGCGCCAAACAGAUCAUUUGGACCGAUCAAGGCGGCGACGAAUAUCCGUACCAUAACGGUGACAGAUUAUUCUCCAGAUGUGUGCAAGGAUUACAAGCAGACUGGAUUCUGUGGUUUCGGUGAUAAUUGUAAAUUCCUCCACGAUCGAAGCGACUACAAACAAGGAUGGGAACUUGAUCGAGAGUGGGAGACCGUCACCAAGGGCAAACAAUUGAAGGGAACCGUGGUCGCGAGUGCCGACCGGACAACGACGGAGAACAAGGACGAUGAUGAAGAGGCUAUGCUGGAAGACAUUCCAUUUGCUUGUUUCAUCUGCAAAGGACCAUACAGGGAGCCUAUUGUCACGAAAUGUGGCCACUACUUCUGCGAGCAGUGUGCUUUGCAACGGUACAGGAAGGAUCCAAGCUGUGCAGCCUGUGGAUCCGCCACGAAUGGAUUAUUCAGUACGGCUAAGAGAUUGAAGAAGCUGCUAGAGAGGAAGAGGGAACUUGCGGCGAAGAGGAGACAGGAGGCUAUUGAAGCCGGUGAAGAAGUGAGCGACGAGGAAGACGAAGAAUAA